UAUCAAGAUGGCGGCUUUGGCUGGUAUUCGAGUGGUUGAACUCGCAGGACUUGCUCCUGCACCGUUUUGCGGGAUGAUUCUAGCUGAUUUCGGCGCGUUGGUCACGCGAAUAGACAAAGUAAGAACUAUGUCCACUACCGAUAGACUUGCUCGGGGAAAGAGGUCCAUAUCUGUAGACUUACAGACUCCUGAGGGGAUGGCCAUCGUGCGUAAGCUGUGCUUGAAAUCCGAUGUUUUGAUCGAGCCUUUUAGACCUGGAGUUAUGGAGAGAUUGGGAUUAGGACCAGAGAUACUGUUGAAAGAUAAUCCAAGAUUAAUUUACGCUCGAUUAACAGGCUAUGGCCAGACAGGAUGUCAUGCUAAGAGAGCUGGUCAUGACAUAAACUAUGUUUCCCAAACUGGGCUGCUUUCAAAGCUUGGACGCAAGAAUGAGAAACCCACUGCACCCAUCAACCUUCUAGCAGAUUUUGCAGGUGGAGGACUGUCAUGUGCUUUUGGAAUUUUGCUAGCUUUGUUUGAGAGAUCUCAAUCUGGAGAAGGCCAAGUUGUUGAUGCCUCUAUGGUUGAUGGUGCAGCAUAUCUAGGAUCUUUUAUUUACAAGAGUCUUGAUGUGGGAUUCAUCUGGCAGCAUCCUGAGCGAGGCAGGAACUUGUUGGAUUCUGGGGCACCUUUUUAUGAUACAUAUCAAACAUCUGAUGGAAGAUACAUGGCUGUUGGAGCCAUUGAGCCCAAGUUUUAUCAAAAUCUUAUUAAAGGGCUCCAGUUGGAAGAAAAACUUCCAUCUCAAUUUGAUAUAGAUCAAUGGCCAAAGGCUAAAGAGGAAAUUACCAAAGUGUUUCUAACAAAGACUCAGUCUGAGUGGUGGAAAUUAUUCAAGAAUCUUGAUGCUUGUGUAACACCAGUUCUCACUAUGGAUGAGGCACCUUAUGAACCACACAAUGAAGAAAGAAAGACGUUUAUUUGGAGUGAUGGAGCAUAUGAACCUACUCCUGCUCCCAAAUUGUCCAGAACACCAGGCUGUUGUGAGAGCAAGCCUCAGCCAAAGAUUGGGGAACAUUCCAUGGAGGUUUUACAAGAGAUUGGUUAUACAAGAACAGAAAUUCAACAGUUGAUUAGUAAGGGUGUGGUUGAUUACGUAGACAUGAAAUCUUCUCUUUGACAAGGUGUAGGAUGCCUUUUUUGACCAGUUAAUAAAAAUUUUU